GAAGAAUAGUGCGGAGACGAUCUGUGCGUUUAGGUCACAGGCACAAAGCCCUAACGGAUAUUCUCCAACUUUUCGUCUACUACCACUACACAACGCCAAAACCCUAACCUGAAAAAAAUUUGAGAGCCCCAAUUCUCAAACCCAUAACGAAAUUUCGAAGCGAAUGGUGAAAGCCAUGGCUGAAAUCAAUCACCAAGAAGAAGAACCUACAUUGUACCCGAAGCGCAAACCUGAUCUCAGCCGCGAAGACAACCCGCUCAAAGCUCAGAAACUCGAGCCUCCUCCUCCUGAUACAAAGAACGAUUCCUCACUUCCUCUACACAAAAACCACCAUCUAGAACCUUCUCCACUCGAUUCCUCAAUACCCCAACAAAACGACGCCAAAUUCGAGUCCAAUUUGCUCGCCGAAGUUGAAGAUGACGACGACGACGACGAUGACGAGGAGGAGGAGGAAUACGAAGAUGAAGAUGAAGACGACGAUGAAGAUAGUGAGAAUGGUGAUGAGAAAGCUGUGGUGGACAGAAAGGGAAAGGGGAUUAUGAGGGCUGACAAGGGCAAAGGGAAAUUGAUAGAAGAAGAGAAUGAUGAUGAUGAGGACGACGAUGACAGUGAUAGCGAUAUCGGUAGCGAUGUAUCGGAUGGUGAAAGCGAUUUAUCGGAUGAUCCAUUAGCGGAGGUGGAUUUGGAUAACAUUUUACCGUCGAGGACUCGGAGGCGGACAGUUCAGCCUGGGAUUCACAUUGCUAACGAUCAUCGCAAUCACAACAAAAACCAUGAUGAUGGUGAUAGUGGUGCUUAAUUUCGAUGAAGGUCAUAAUUCCACAUGCUUUAUGUACAAUUGGAAAUAGCUUGUGGGGAUGAAGCAUCAAAUCAGAAAGUUCUUUAUUAUAAAUCUUCUAUGCUUUUCUUGACACUCCCCAGCAUGCCAAUGGUGUUUAGAACAAAUAUCCUCUCUUCCUCCCAUAAGUAAGCCAAGAAGGGCGCAUCAUGGUUCAAUCCUUUGUGGGUUUGUGAGUUUUGUAUACCAUUGAAAAGAAAUACACUUCCAACAUGCCAGCCUAUUUUGCUGGUUAUUUCUGUGUUGCAUGUAACCUAUUACAAGCAUUUGGAAAUACGAAAAAUGUUGUUCAGGUGCAAGCUCAAUAUAUUAAUGUUAUUAAUUAGAUGUUA